AUGGCGAUGGGAAUGGGAGCGAGACUCUGGAACAUGGUACCUGGGCUAAAGGCGACCAUGAUGAUGAUAACGGUACAGGUAUCGAUUGCGGGAGUGAAUGUGUUCUACAAAUUGGCUUCAGAUAAUGGAAUGAGUGUUCGAAUCAUUGUUGCCUACAGAUAUCUCUUUGGUUCUGCUGCUGUUUUACCCCUUGCCCUGUUCUUCGACAGGAAUCACAGGACAAAACUAACCUGGAUGGUUACUAUCCAAGCAUUCAUUUGUGCUUUAUUUGGGGGAACAAUAGCUCAAAAUUUGUAUGCACAAGGGUUAGUCAUGACUUCAGCAACCUUUGCUUCCACUGCAACCAAUCUCGUCCCUGCUUUAACCUUCUUGAUGGCUGCAAUUUUCAGGUUGGAGAAGUUUGAUUUGAAAAGCAAAGCAGGGAAAGCUAAAGUGAUUGGGACACUGAUUUGCAUUUCCGGAGCUAUGAUUCUAACGUAUUACAGGGGAGUUGAAAUUAAAUUGUGGCCGACAACCAAAAGUGAUAAGCAUGGUAGUGAAGAUGCACACUCGCAAACGUCUCAUGACCGGAAAACCUCCGAUCACAUUGUCGGAUCCAUGUUUCUCAUAACCAGUGCUUUCUGCUCUGCAUUUAGUUUAAUAUUCCGGACUAAAAUGAGUAAGAGGUACCCUCACCAUUAUUCAAGCACAGCUCUUAUAUGCUUGAUGGGUUCUUUUCAAUCUGUGAUAUUCGCGCUCUGUAUGGAAAAUAAACAUUGGGACGAGUGGAAAAUGGGGUGGAAUAUUAGGCUCCUUGCGGUAGCUUAUUCGGGGAUAGUGGUUACGGGACUAAUGGUGGUAAUCAUCAUGUGGUGCGUAAGGCUGAGAGGUCCAUUGUUCGUGUCCAUUUUUAGCCCUCUAACGCUAGUUCUGGUUGCCUUUGCCGGCACUUUGUUCCUUAAUGAAAAACUGUAUUUGGGAAGUGUGCUGGGAGCUGUGGUGAUAGUGUGCGGAUUGUACUCGGUGUUAUGGGGAAAUGCAAAGGAUGUAAAUAAUAAGCCAAUCUCCCAAAACUCUGAAUAUGAUGAUGGUGAUGAUCGAGAAAUUGAGAUGCCAAAGAUGGCCCGAAAUGGUGAAGAUGUUGAUAAGAAGGGUAACCUGGUGGUGGCGGUUGAGAUUGCUCCAAAUUUACCCACCGUUCCAGGAAUUAGUAGUAGUAGUACGUCAUACCAUGAAGAAGAAGAAAGACCCAAAAGGGCAGGCAUAGCUUAG